AAUGUGAUGGAGCAGUUCAACCCAAACCUGAGGAACCUGGUCAACCUCGGGAAGAGCUACGAGAGAUCUGUCUCGGCAAUGACUUUAGCUGGAAAAGCCUACUUCGAUGCCGUGUCAAAGAUAGGAGAAAAUGCUAUUGUGUCUCCRGUCUCCAGAGAGCUUGGUGUUGUUUUGAUGGAGAUUGCAGAAGUUCACCGGAAGGUCCACAGUGAACUGGAGGAGAAUUUAAAGCGAUUCCACAAGGAGGUUAUUGUUGAGCUGGAGAAGAAGACAGACAUGGAUGUGAAGUACAUGACUGCCACCUUCAAGCGUUAUCAAACGGAGCACAAACAGAAGCAGGACUCACUGGAGCGCUCUCAUGCAGACCUGAAGAAAAUCAGGAGGAAAAGUCAGGCAAAGCACUCGUCCAAGUAUGAAACCAGGGAGAACGAGUAUUUGGAGACCAUCUCGUCCCGACAGAUGGACAUGCAGAAGUUUAUCGCAGACGGCUGCAGAGAGGCCUUCCUGGAAGAGAAGAGACGCUUCUGUUUCCUGGCAGACAAACACUGCAUGUUCUCCUACCAACUUAGCAACUUCCACGAAAAAGCCAAAGACAUCCUGAGCUCAAGGCUGCCCUCCUGGCAGGAAAAAUGCAGCGACAUCGACAACGUACCAGACUCGGUGGCAAACUUGAUAGACGGUCUGUCCACCAUCCCGGAACAAUACUCGCCAGCUGAACACUACAACAGAAACAGUAUGGGAACAGUGAAGCCACCUCCAGCGCCUCCAGUCAAGGCCCAGAUCAGUCCGCUGGCCAGUAUGUUUAACCCAGAGCCUCGAUCUUCGCUGACCUCCUCCUCCUCAGACCACAACUCAGAUGUGUUUCUUCCAGAUCAGGGCAGUGUUGGAGAGGACAGUUUGUCCAGGUCCACAUCGCAGUCAUCUGGUCUCAACAUGAUUAAGAGGCGCAGGGUCAGGACCAUCUUUCCACACACAGCGGGCAACAACAGCACGCUCCUCAGCUUUGAUGACGGUGACAUCAUCACCCUGCUCGUCCAUGAGGAGAAGGACGGYUGGCUGUACGGAGAGUUGGAGAAAACACAGCAACGCGGUUGGUUUCCUUCAUCCUACUGCAGACCUUACACUGAGCCAGCCAUCUCAAAUAGCAACAUGAGCACGCCGGUGAGGAGUUUGAGYGUGGCCAGUCUGCAGGAGGAGGAGGAGGAGGAAGUUGGGCUAUAUGAGCCCGUACUGCUACCACCAGCAGACUACAGCGACUGCUCGCUGUUUAACCCAGCGGUCCCCUCUGUCCCUUCAACACCUUCGUCAAAGAAAACGGUGUCUCUAGUCAACGGGACCGCAAAGGCUCCAUUUUUAGGAGGCGGUAAUCCGUUCGCCACAGUCAAGCUGAGGCCGACUAUUACAAAYGACCGAUCGGCACCGAUCAUCUGAGCUGGAGGAGUUUCCCUCAUCGCUGGUACGCCUUCAGGAGAAUCGUACCAGACCUGAGCARCACGCUGAUCAGCUCCCCAGCUUGCAUCUCAUCAGCCCACACACUCGUUCCAUUCAGCACCACUUUGUUUUUUUUUUUGUUUUGUUUUUUUUUGUUUAAAGGAACCCCCUUUUUUUUCUAACGACUGCUGGUUUUAGAUUGGCCUCCAAAGAUUGAAACAUUAUACGGUCGUCACGUGGAGAGGCAGAGAAAAGCUUCAAGUCCAACACUUGUUUAUGAGGAUUGAGUUUGUGUUCUACUCCAAAAUGAAAAGUUUGGACAUUUUCUUCACGUAUUAAUGUAACCAAGCUGUCCAUUGUGGCUACCUCACAAGAAAAAACCACCACGUGAAACGGGGUGAAGUUCAAGGAAAAUAAAGCGCUAAGAGAACAUUACUCAGCCUUCCCUGUGAAUUCCUCACUUGUACAGAACGAUAUUCUUCUGAGAUCUUGUUCAACCUGUUAAAACCUCCAGUGUGUUUAAACUGUAUCUUCUAUUAAAAUAGGACAAAUUUCUAUUCAAAUAUUUAACUUUUUACUUUAAAUUACUCCAAGCACUUUGACCCAAAAGUUUUCCAAAUGUGUUUAAAAAAGUUGAAAGCAUGUUGUUUGUAAAAAAUGGAGAAAAAAAAUGGAAUAAAAAAACCCUUAAAGGCAGUCAUGAUUUAAACUCCAUAGACAUGUUUUAUAAUGGGUUUUGUAAAAUACCYUCAGAGGUUCAGUAUGAUAUGUAAAUAACAAUUAGGGGUUAUCUGUUUUAGGAUUUUGUAAAAGAGAUGCCAGUGGAUGUGAUGAAACACCAACUCUCAGGCUGCCUUCCUGACUUACCGGAGGUUCUUAUUUCUCUGAUUAUGACUUGUCUAUUUAAGCCACACUGGGAAGGACAGAGGUGAGAAUGAAGGAAGAGAGUCUUUGGGGGGAAUUUGUCUCAUGAGUGCAGUUUAAAAUCAGAUUGUUAAUUUGUAUGAACCAAGUCCUUGUAAAGGAAAGCACUCAUCAAGUUUGAUUAUUUUGAUUUUGCUUCUUUUUUUUAAUGAGUUAAAUUGACAUUUUUACCAAAUGGUUUCACACUUUUUGAUCUUGGUUAAACGAUACAUGCUGUAUGUUCAGACAGAACAGAGUUUAUGCUAAAUGAAAUAGUUUUGUGCAAAGGACGUCCUUGUUCAGCAUAGACUUUUCUGUUUUUUAUUUGCUUGCUGAAUCCAAUUACAGUAUAUUAAGAAAUGCUAAUCMGUUGAUUGAUCUACAAUGUGUGAGUAAUGGACAUCAUGCUGACAGUAAUUGCAACAUUCAGUGUUGACCAUUGUGUAUUUUUUUCUUCUUUUUUUCAAUAAAACAAGAAAAUGUCUAAAUUAGUGUUCAUUUUUUUAACUACUUCACCUUUAGAUUGUUUGGAGAUUUUUUCUUUUUUUAUUCUUAUUUAUUCUAUAUUAUUGUGAUUGUUUCUAAAUAAUAAUAAAAGGGGUAAAACCAG